AUGGAGGGCCAUGUGGCGUGGGGGCUGCCGGGUCCUCACGAGACCCUGGCUCCAGUAAAGCUGGCCGAGUACAAAUAUGAGAAGGCCCCUCACCCAGGUCCAUACCUGCCUUCCCUUCUGCUCCGUUGCUUUCGUGAAGACAAGAUGAAGUUUACAAUUGUCUUUGCUGGACUUCUUGGAGUCUUCCUAGCUCCUGCUAUUGCUGACUAUAAUAUCAACGUCAGCGAUGAUGACAACAGUGCUGGAAGUGGGCAACAGACAGUGAGUGUCAACAAUGAACAUAACGUGGCCAAUAUUGACAACAACAAUGGAGAGAACCCCUGGAAUUCCGUCUGGGAUUAUGGAAGUGGCUUCGCUGCAACCAGACUCUUUCAUAAGAAGUCAUGCAUUGUGUACAAAAUGAACAAAGACGCUGUGCCUUCCAUUCAAGCUCUGGAUGCACUGAUCAAGGAAAAGAAGGUAAAAAUAAAAGGUAAAGGAGCAGGGGAACUAUCUCGCAAGGGCCUGAUGUACUCCAUCAACCCUAGCAAAGUUGAUGACUUGAACAAGUUUGGAAAUAACAUCACCACCAUGUGCCGGGGGGUUCCAACAUACUUGGCUGAGGAGAUAACUGGGGCAAGCCUGUUUUAUUACUCAGAAAAGUGCUUCAAUACUAAUAUACUCUGGAUUCUGAACAUUUCCUUCUGUGGAGAAACAGUGGAAAACUAA